CCUCUUUUCAUUAGAAGAUGCGCUACGUUUCUUUCUACUAUUAUCUCUUCUCCUCUCUCGUCUUCUUCGUCUUCUCUCUUUUUUUUUUUAAUACUACGAUCUCUAUCUCUUAAAAAUCUCUCUCUCUAUAGUUUUGUCUGAAUCCAAACAGCAACUCUACUUCCUGCGUUUUGGUUUCUCUUUCUAAAUUAUCCGAUUAAAACUAGAGGUGUUCUUUUGAGGCAGCUGCUUCUAUGUUAUAUUGCAGAGAAAAUGGGAGAGUCUAAGGGGUGCGGGAAUGUUGGACGAAUGAUUCCAAAGGAUAAGUCUGCAAAUUCUUAUAACGUCUCCCUUCUUUUGUCUCCUGUUGUCUCUGUUUGGGAUUGUAUUGUCCGUACCAUGAGGUAUUCCUAUAUACCAGAGUGGGUGUAGUUCUUUCUUGAGACCCCCUCUACGACAAUCAGAGAGAGUUUAGGUGCAGUUAUUUUAGUUAGAAUUAUAUUUAUAUAGCAAAGCAAUAAUGGAUCAUCAUACGGUGUGCAAGCAAGUUCAGCCUGUCGUUAGGAAAGCUAAGAAGAAACAUGGUAAAGAUGAAUUUGAUCGUAUCAAACAAGCCGAGAAGAAGAAGAGACGUUUGGAGAAAGCUCUUGCUACUUCUGCAGCCAUUCGAGCUGAGCUGGAGAAGAAGAAGCAGAAGAGAUUGGAAGAACAACAAAGGUUAGAUGAAGAAGGGGCUGCCAUUGCUGAGGCUGUUGCUCUUCACGUCCUCCUGGGCGAAGAAGACUCUGAUGAUUCAUCUCCUCGGGUCAAUAUUGGCUGCCAAGGAAAGGGUUUCAAGAUGGAUCUAUUUAGAGAUGAAAAAAGCAGCCUUCUUCCUCGCCAAAGCUGCGCUAGCUACGCGGUUCAAGGGAUUGGGUUUAUGUCAAGUGGUUAUGGCUAUGGCCUUGGAGACAGUCACUGGUCGCCAUUUACCAGGGAUUCUUGGGAUAACAACAUGGGCAUAUCAGCUGAUUUGAUUGCUGCUCAGGCUGUCUCAUCUCUGCAGAUAUCUGAAAACGCUGACGGGAACGCCUUUGUGUUUAAUGGGAUGUUCCGGGGAUGAAGAUCCCAUGAUUCCGGAUGUGAUUUCUACAAUUACCCUUUCUUAUGGUAUAAGUUAUGAAUUGUUGUUUAAGUCAGAAGCCCUUUGUGUUGUCGCUUCGGUGUGAAUGCUCUGCUGUUGUUAGAUACUGUAGUCUGUUUGCUUUCCAUGUAAACUUUAUACUUACGUUUUGAAAAUCUCUUCAUA